AUGUCGUGCGAAAAAAGAAAAAAAAGUCAAUCCGUAACAAAUGAUCAAAAAACAGCAAUGGUUGAUUUUUUAAACAACCAUUCUGAUUUGUUAAAAGGCAAACAUUCAGCCACUUUUACAAAACAUAUUGCCGCAAAACAGUGGCAAGAACUAACAGAUUUGUUAAAUUCAAUCCCAGGGCCAAUAAAAUACUGGAAAGCCUGGCGUAGAGUACGUACAAAUAAAUUAAAAUUCAUCUUAAAAAGAAUUUUUAUGAUUGAUGAGAUAGGAAACGAUGAUAUUUAA